CCUGUCCCAGCUUCCCUGGAGAGCUGUCCCAGGCUCGUAGUCGUGCGUGCUGUGACAGCAGCAUCCCUGGGGUCCUCCCCUCCUCCUCCUCCCUGCACCUGCUUUCCAGCUCUUAUCAGAGAUGAGCUGAAGCAGCAGGCUCCAGCCCACGCUCACACAGGCUCUUCCUUGGGUUUGUUAGAUUAGUGCUGAUGAAAAGCCCUGGCUGGAACAGCCACCUGCAUGCUUCUGCAGGGCCCCUGGGGAGCUCAGUGCGAGGGAAUACUGCAAGGCUGGGCUGAUAAAUGAGCUGUGAUUUCAGGCCCAUGAACAAAUUGGUUUCCCCUUUCAGGAAGGCUCACAACUGUCACUUGACUACUGCUUUAUUUAUUGCAUUGGCCUUUGCAACCAGGGACUCUUGAGGGCAGAGAGGAAGAGUGGCAGUGACAGCAAAGCAGAAGCAUUUGAACCCUUCCUGCAGCUUUGGGAACUGGGCUUUGGUGUGGAAGCCUGAUGCAAUUCUGCUAUGUGCCUUUAAGACAUGGUGAUCUGAACCCAGACCAGGCAACAAGUGGGCAGAAGAUGACAAACCUGCAGGUUGUAGAGGAAAUAUUUGAGAAAUUCUCAUUCCUUAAUGUAGUAGUUGGUACCAGACACAGUCCUGGCUUUUGUAUUCCAGCAACACCCAGUCUGCUGCUGUACAGACACACUUAGGAGAGGUCAGGGACCUCUUUCUUACCAAGUAAAAUCUCUCCUAUUGAAUGCUGAUGUGCACCCUUAAUCAAAAAGAUGAGAGGUUGUCUUACAUGUACCUCUGAACCCACUCUGUCCCUGCUGAAGCCAUGCUCAGUGAACCCAAAUCCUGACCUUUUCAAGUUGCUGUAUGCUGAGCUUCCUUCUGGAGCAUCCUCAGCAGGUUCCCAGGGAUGUCUUCAUGGCUAUGCUGAUUUCAGAUAGAUCUUCCCUCACUGUCAAGUGACAGAAACCCACCCAGACCAUCUGCAGCUCCUGACAGAAGAGAGCACCAAGGAAGAAGACUUCUGGAGGGUGGGGGUAUCCAGCAUUUCAUUUCCAAGGUGCAAGUGAUGGCAUCUUUUCCCUGAAGCACAUCCAGGGUGCUGUAUCUGGCAUUAAGAACUGGAUAAUUCACAGGCAAAGCUUCAGCCAUGCUGUUUCCAGGAACUCUAAUGUUGGUCUGGCACAUGGAAAGCCCAGAGGCACUGAAGUAUCCCACUCAAGCAGCCAAGUGUUAACAACCUCUCCAAAGUCUAAUUUGCCUUUGAUAUAGACUUAAUUGUUUGCGUCACCCACUGGGCUAGGGGGAGGGCUAUAAAAGGGGCUGCAGCCAUUGUCUGAGGCAGAAGAGAGCCCAGAAACAGCUCCCUCUCUCCCAGUCUUCCUAAUUCAGCACAGUAGUCACAGCCUGUACAUCAUGCAGCUGGUGGCCAGCCUGGUGUCUGUUCUGCUGCUGGUGUGGAGCGUGAGAGCCACUGCACUGCCUGGAGAAGAGAGACUGGCAAUCCAGAGCACCAGGGAGCAGAGCCCUGUCAGGAAAGACGCCCUCCUGAAGAUGCUGGCGGGGCUGCUGGACGGCGUGGACGUGGGACGUGACGUGGCCUCCCCAGACGUGGAAGAGGAGGGCAAGCUGGAGGAGGAGCGGGUGGUGCUGGGCCGGCUGGCUCAGUUAUCCCAGCGGGACCGCAAGGCUCCCUGCAAAAACUUCUUCUGGAAAACCUUCACCUCCUGCUAAGUGCCACCCCCCUGACCUGCCC